UGGCCUGGCCCUGCUGCUUGCUUAUUUAAAAAGGGGGGACGAGCAGGCUAAGUAAUGUCGUGGAGCGGGUCAAGCUCUUGCAAACCAUGCUCAGGGUCUGCGUACUGCUGGCUUGCAUCGGGGUGCCCGGGCGGCUGGGGGCACUGGGCGCGAUGAUCGAGUGUGCUCCAUGCAACGAGCGGGCACUGUCAGCCUGCCACCCCCCGCGGGGCUGCGAGCUUGUGAAGGAGUCCGGCUGCGGCUGCUGCCUGACAUGCGCGCUGGCCGAGGGAGCUGCGUGCGGCGUUUACACCGAGAGUUGCGCGUCUAGCCUCAGAUGCAUUCCACGCAGCGGAGACAAAGCACCGCUCCAAGCGUUGCUGCAAGGGCGGGCGGUUUGUCGCAGCGUCAAGCGGAGGAACCAAAUCCAGCGGGAGGGAAAGCCCCUGGAUGGUGGAGAGAAAUAUUCCUUAACAAAGAAAGAGCACAGUGGCAAAAACCAUGGAAUGCAGCUAGUAAAUCCUAGCCAGCAUUUGACACUGAAACCUCAACGAGGAAAUCACCAUUCACCAAAGGGAACCAUACACACAAUAGUGAACCCUUCCAAAGUUCCAUCUGUCACCACACUUGUGGCAGACUCUGAAUAUGGUCCAUGUCGUAGGGAGAUGGAAUCAAUUCUCCAGGACCUGAAACCAGAGUUUUUCCAUAGCCCAGAGGACAUUUACAUCCCAAACUGUGAUAAGCAAGGGUUCUACCGGAGCAAACAGUGCAAGCCGUCAAGAGGCAGAAAACGGGGUCACUGCUGGUGUGUGGAUAAGUAUGGUCAUUCACUCCCUGGGCUACCAAACAGGAAAAGGCCAGUGUCCUGUGUGCAAAGUUCAUCAUCUUCUGAAGAAGUCAGAUAUUAAUCUGUGUGCUCUCCUCUGAGGGCAGCACUGCCUGAAGCUUCUAAAGAGAAGAUUUCACCAGAAAGAAUAACUCUCCAAUCAGCCUUAAUCUCUACCUAGAUCCUAAAUCAGCUCCUAGAAUGAGCCAGCUUUCCUGAAAUGACACCUGGAAGUCGCUUAGUUUAAAGGUUAGGAAAUAUGUCACAACUGCAAUGAACAGUUUCUGAAAUCCCACUUUAAUGCUGAUUCCUACUUGUUUAGAGCCUGGGGCAAACUUCUUUGCCGAGCUGCCCGGUGUCCAGUGUCUGGCAUUAUCAGACACACUGACAUGGCUUCACUCAUUUUCCAGCACCAAUCUUGAUUUGGAGUUUUAAGAAGUCCUGCUGGUGAUAAUGUUCCUGGUAGAACUACUUUGGGCCUGUUUCUGCUAAACUGUGGCAUCCAGAAAAUGCUGGCUGACUCUCCCUGGUCACUCAGUGGGUGAAAACACCAGCUGACCUGGUGCUGAGCCAGACAAACUAGUCUAUACCAUUGCUUUAUUGCCUGCUACCCAAUGAUCCCUUCAGGAAAGUGUACCUUUGUAGUUGUCGAGCUGUGAUUCUCUCUGUUGCACAGCUUCCUUGGCUCCUCACACUGGCCAGCUGUCUUAGGUGCUGAUAGUGGGGUCUGAAUGAAUCAACCCCCUCAGGAGAGCAGAAAAUAUGAACUAACUUUUGAGUGUAGCAGUCUCUUACUGAAGCUGUAAUCCAGAAUCCAUGAUUAAUGUUGUCUGAUUAGGUGACUGGACUGGCCACACGUUUACCCUGUAGGUUCAGUCCGCUGGAGUGUUUAAUGUGUCUCCUCCACAUAUUUUGAGUAUAAGUUUUCAAAUAAGGUAUUAAACUUUUGGGAAAAAAAAAUGCAGGGUGAAGUUGGAGGCUGCACACUGGCAAACAGACUUGUGAAGCUUCUAUUUUAUCAUAUCUCAUAAUUGUCAUGCAGAAUAAUUGGCAAUGACUGUUCAUUGAAGUUUGAUUUUCUUUCUUGACAUAGUUUUGUGCAGAAAUAUUUUUGAAUGGAUUAUAUGUCACUGUCCUCCUAUUUCUCUUCAAACAAUGUCAAACUAUUACUUUCAAUUUUCUGCCUAAAGGUCCCUGUUGACUGUCAGGAUAUUUCUUGGGUAUGUACUCUCCUUGUGAUCCAAGUUAGUGUGGGUACACAGCCCAAGCAGUUUUAUAUCAUUUUGCAGGACUUGAUAAGUACUAUGUAAUUUUUUUUAAAACUGGGAGUAUAAUGCAUCUAUAUAUUUAAAUUCCAUAGAGAAAUACUGAAAUGUACUUGAAUGUAGUGUCUAAAAUCAAUAAAUACUACUUUAUCAUAAA